GCUGCGAAUUCAUAAACACGAAGUGAAUUUACCUUUUGAACAACAAUGAUGUUUUUCAAGGACACAGCAAGGUAUGAUCUAAGGCUUGAUCAGUCAACUAUAUUUGUCUCCCAGUCACAAAAUGCUGAGUUUACCAACUCAAUAACUGGGAAGUUCUGCGUAUCCUUGCCAGAGCUGGCCGUUAUCAAGAGAAUCAAAGUAAGGCUUACGGGUCUCUUGAAAAUUCCUCGGGAUGGCUGCAUGAUCGCAGAUGACCGUGAAUGUCUCACCUUCUCAAAGUCCCAAACACUGGCGUCGUCGAAAACACUCGAUUCGUUUCGACUGCCCGCCGGAACCUACGAAUUCGUUUUCAGCAUCCCAUUAGCAACCGAGAUGUUCGAAACCGUCACGGGCCCAAGCAACAACCACACUUACCAAGUAGACGCCAUUGUUGAGCAUCGAUACUGGCGAAAUACCGUAAUCUCGCAACCAGUCCGAAUUUACAAUGUUCCGGACUUGGAGGCGAACGAUAUACUACUCGAGAUUCCACCCACUGUGGAAGGCCAAUCGGACCAGAAUAUUCAAUAUUGCAUCUCGAUGCCCAACUCCGAUAUCCCGUUCGGCUCGACGUUCUUCGUGGACGCCUGUUUCGCGGCUCCAGCGAAAGAUGCCAAGCUUAGCGCUAUUACCAUCACAGUCGUCGAGAAACAUAUCAUUAAAGUGCAGGCCACAGCCGUACAAGCCUCGCUCCACAAUGUCCAUAACAUAACCUCGACAAAGGCACUCACCGUCUUUACAGAAAGAACCGAGCUCGCACAGGAAAGCAUAUCCAUGGGACCUGAAUGGCGCUUGAGUCAGCCAGUCCGCCUACCCCAGAACUUGAGAGCAUAUUCACAAAGUAUCUCGUCGAGAACUAUUAACAUCACCCAUAGCCUAAUCUUAAAUGCGGAAUUCCAGGACGAAAACGGGCAAGCGGUAGUCAAGAUUGCGGAAACAAUCCCAUUCAGUAUCUACAUGACGCCUGGCGUCAUAAGAGAUGAUGGGAGCGUUCAUGGAAAAGUCGUCGAGAAUAAUAGAGACCCGCCACCGCCCUACGGAUGCCAUACGUUUGAUCCUAGAUUAUUCGAGUCUGGGAUGGAUUCUUGUGGAAAUCCAAUGAUGCUCCCUUUGGAUUCUGAUUGCGGAGCAGGCCGACUGGGUCACUGUCAAAAUACGUUGGGGCCUGCGCCUUGCUAUGAUUUGGUUACCUGUUCUGGACUCCCCGGGUAUGACUCCGCCAGAGUAGUUUCGCCUUGUGUUUAGUUCCUUGUGUCUUUCUCAUUGUGUGUCAUGUAUAUAUAUUUUUUAUACCCCGUCAGUACGUACAGUCUAGCAAAUUUGCGCACAUAAGCCGGACGUUCAAUGCAUGUAUUUUGCACCCAA